AAAACGCGUCCACCACUUUUACACGUAAAAGUAAAUAAAAUAGAAGAAGCUGUCGAAUAUCGUGAUACUGAAGAUAAAAUGGCUGUCCCCAGCAAUCCUGACGCAGACGUCUUGUUCGAGAUGAGGUGUGCCCUCUACAUCGGCAACUACCAACAGUGCAUCACUGACGGACAGAAGAUGAAGGUGUCGGGUGAUGUGAAGAUUCAGCGUGAUGUCAUCUUGUACAGGGCGUUCAUUGCCCAGAAGAAUUACUCAGUGGUCAUCCACGAGGUGUCCUCGUCGUCUCCUGCCGAAGUUUGCGCCAUCAAGUUGAUGGCCGAGUACUUUGCUGCCUCCAACGAUUCUGCAAGGGAGAAGGUGUUGAAGGAAGUGGAGUCUCGACUGGGGAAGAACCUGGACCUCAAUGAUUAUGCAUUCCUGCUGGCUGCCGGAUCCAUCUACUAUGCUGAAGGGGAUUUCGAUGCAGCACUGCGGUUGUUGCACCAGUCAGACGCCAUCGAGUGCAUGGCACUCUCAGUUCAAAUUCUUCUCAAGCUGGACAGGGUGGAUGUUGCCAGGAAGGAAUUGAAACGAAUGCAAGAUACAGAUGAGGAUCACAUCGUCACUCAACUGGCAACUGCUUGGAUCAAUCUAGCUUUGGGUGGUGACAAGUACCAGGAAGCCUUCUACAUCUUCCAGGAGUUGUCCGACAAGUUCAGCUCCACUCCGCUCCUCCUCAAUGGACAGGCAGCCUGCCACAUGGCUCAAGGAAGGUUCGAGGAUGCAGAACCUCUCCUGCAAGAAGCUCUCAACAAGGACAGCAACAAUGCAGAAACACUCUGCAAUCUCAUCGUCCUGACACAACACAUGGGCAAGCCAACUGAGGUCACGAACAGGUACAUCGCCCAACUGAGGGAGGGACACAAGAACCACCCUCUGGUCAAAGAGGUAGCCAUUAAGGAAAGUGAAUUUGACAGGUUAUGCUCCAAUUAUGUUCCAUCUGUCGCUUGACAUUUAAUUUAGACUUUACAUUAUUCCGACAUUGAAUUUGACAUUUUUUUUAAAAAUGUCACUUAAGCUAAGGGUCGUAAAUUAUAAUUGUAAUUAAUAUUUAUAAUUUCAUUAUUUGUUUAUUUUAUGUUUAUCAUUGUUACUUGCAUCUUGAUUAAAAGACUGUUAGGUGGAAUUCAUUUUUAAGAUUUGAACUGACAUGAAACAUUUAUAAACUUUUCGAUGAAUUAACGGUUCAAAUUUUUGUAU